UAGGCCACGCGCACCGCUCUCUACGGGCGCUGCAGUUGGCGUGAGCCGGCGGAGGCUGGCGUGUGGGGCUCCUGUUUGCUUCUUCCUUCGCCGUGAGCAGCAUGGACGUGCUUGCGGAGGAGUUUGGGAACCUGACCCCGGAGCAGCUAGCUGCGCCAAUACCGACCGUAGAGGAAAAAUGGAGGCUGCUUCCAGCAUUUUUAAAGGUGAAAGGCCUUGUAAAGCAGCACAUAGAUUCCUUCAACUAUUUUAUUAAUGUAGAGAUAAAGAAGAUCAUGAAAGCCAAUGAAAAGGUUACAAGUGAUGCUGACCCCAUGUGGUACCUAAAAUAUCUUAAUAUCUAUGUUGGGCUUCCUGAUGUUGAAGAAAGCUUCAAUGUAACCAGACCAGUGUCCCCUCAUGAGUGCCGUCUGCGGGACAUGACGUACUCUGCCCCCAUUACAGUGGAUAUUGAAUAUACCCGAGGCAGCCAGAGGAUCAUCCGCAAUGCUUUACCCAUUGGCAGAAUGCCCAUAAUGCUCCGUAGUUCGAACUGUGUUCUUACAGGGAAAACACCAGCAGAAUUUGCCAAACUGAAUGAAUGCCCUUUAGAUCCAGGUGGAUACUUCAUUGUAAAAGGAGUGGAAAAAGUUAUUCUUAUCCAAGAGCAGCUGUCUAAGAACAGGAUUAUUGUGGAGGCUGACAGAAAAGGGACAGUUGGUGCUUCAGUUACCAGCUCUACCCAUGAGAAAAAAAGCAGAACCAAUAUGGCUGUGAAACAAGGACGAUUUUAUUUGAGGCAUAAUACUUUAUCAGAAGAUAUACCCAUUGUAAUUAUAUUUAAGGCCAUGGGUGUUGAGAGUGACCAAGAAAUUGUGCAGAUGAUUGGAACAGAGGAGCACGUGAUGGCUGCAUUUGGGCCCAGUUUGGAAGAAUGCCAGAAAGCUCAGAUUUUCACACAGAUGCAGGCAUUAAAAUAUAUAGGGAACAAAGUAAGAAGGCAAAGGAUGUGGGGAGGUGGACCAAAGAAGACCAAAAUAGAAGAAGCAAGAGAACUCCUGGCUUCUACCAUCCUGACUCAUGUACCAGUGAAAGAAUUCAAUUUCCGAGCCAAAUGUAUCUAUACUGCAGUGAUGGUAAGAAGAGUAAUUCUGGCCCAAGGAGAUAAUAAAGUUGAUGACAGAGACUAUUAUGGUAACAAGCGAUUGGAGUUGGCAGGACAGCUUUUAUCUCUUCUUUUUGAAGAUUUGUUCAAAAAAUUUAAUUCUGAAAUGAAGAAGAUCGCAGACCAGGUGAUCCCUAAGCAAAGAGCAGCCCAGUUUGAUGUAGUCAAACACAUGCGUCAAGACCAGAUUACCAAUGGCAUGGUGAAUGCCAUUUCUACUGGAAAUUGGUCUCUAAAGAGAUUUAAAAUGGACCGUCAAGGUGUGACUCAAGUGUUGUCUCGCUUGUCAUAUAUAUCUGCACUAGGCAUGAUGACAAGAAUCUCUUCCCAGUUUGAAAAAACAAGAAAAGUGAGUGGUCCUCGAUCGCUCCAACCAUCUCAGUGGGGAAUGCUCUGUCCUUCAGACACUCCUGAAGGAGAGGCAUGUGGUUUAGUUAAAAACUUGGCCCUUAUGACGCACAUCACGACUGACAUGGAAGAUGGACCCAUUGUGAAAUUAGCCAGUAACCUGGGAGUAGAAGAUGUGAAUUUAUUAUGUGGAGAAGAGCUCUCUUACCCAAAUGUGUUUCUCGUCUUCCUCAAUGGUAACAUCCUGGGUGUUAUUCGAGACCAUAAGAAGCUAGUGAAUACAUUUCGACUGAUGCGAAGAGCAGGAUACAUCAAUGAAUUUGUUUCCAUCUCAACAAAUCUUACAGAUCGAUGUGUCUAUAUUUCUUCAGACGGAGGAAGGUUGUGCAGACCCUACAUAAUUGUUAAGAAACGAAAGCCUGCAGUCACGAAAAAGCAUAUGGAAGAGCUGGCUCAGGGGUACAGGAAUUUUGAAGAUUUCUUACAUGAGAGUCUGGUUGAAUAUCUAGAUGUGAAUGAAGAAAAUGAUUGUAACAUCGCACUCUAUGAGCAUACGAUUAAUAAAGAUACCACCCACUUGGAGAUCGAACCCUUUACUCUGCUCGGAGUUUGCGCGGGCCUGAUUCCAUACCCUCAUCACAACCAGUCCCCAAGAAACACGUAUCAGUGUGCCAUGGGGAAACAAGCCAUGGGUACCAUUGGAUAUAACCAGCGGAACAGAAUUGAUACUCUCAUGUAUCUGCUAGCAUACCCACAAAAACCUAUGGUUAAAACAAAAACCAUUGAGUUGAUAGAAUUUGAGAAACUGCCAGCUGGACAGAAUGCGACAGUUGCUGUGAUGAGUUAUAGUGGCUAUGAUAUUGAAGAUGCUCUUGUUUUAAACAAGGCCUCCCUGGACAGAGGUUUUGGACGUUGCCUUGUAUAUAAAAAUGCUAAGUGUACAUUGAAACGAUAUACCAAUCAGACUUUUGAUAAAGUGAUGGGGCCGAUGUUGGAUGCUGCCACAAGGAAACCCAUCUGGCGACAUGAGAUUUUAGAUGCAGAUGGUAUUUGUUCUCCAGGUGAGAAGGUAGAAAACAAACAAGUGCUUGUAAAUAAAUCCAUGCCCACAGUAACUCAGAUCCCCUUGGAAGGAAGCAAUGUGCCGCAGCAACCACAGUACAAAGAUGUGCCCAUCACCUACAAAGGAGCAACGGAUUCAUAUAUUGAAAAAGUGAUGAUAUCUUCAAAUGCCGAAGAUGCUUUUCUAAUCAAAAUGCUUCUGAGACAGACAAGGCGUCCAGAAAUUGGAGACAAAUUCAGCAGUCGUCAUGGGCAAAAAGGUGUCUGUGGUUUGAUCGUCCCUCAGGAAGACAUGCCGUUUUGUGACUCUGGCAUCUGUCCGGACAUCAUAAUGAACCCUCACGGCUUCCCAUCACGAAUGACGGUAGGAAAGUUAAUUGAGCUGUUGGCGGGCAAGGCAGGCGUGUUAGAUGGCAGAUUCCACUACGGCACUGCCUUUGGAGGCAGUAAAGUGAAGGAUGUUUGUGAAGACCUCGUUCGCCAUGGUUAUAACUACUUGGGGAAAGACUAUGUUACAUCUGGCAUCACAGGUGAGCCUUUGGAAGCAUACAUUUACUUCGGCCCCGUGUACUACCAGAAGCUGAAACACAUGGUGCUGGAUAAGAUGCAUGCCCGUGCCCGGGGACCGCGGGCUGUCCUUACCAGGCAGCCCACUGAAGGUCGAUCUCGUGAUGGUGGUUUGCGUCUUGGAGAAAUGGAACGUGACUGUUUAAUUGGUUAUGGAGCCAGUAUGCUUUUACUAGAGCGACUAAUGAUUUCAAGUGAUGCCUUUGAGGUUGAUGUCUGUGGGCAGUGUGGACUUCUGGGGUAUUCCGGCUGGUGCCAUUACUGCAAGUCGUCCUGUCACGUGUCUUCCCUUCGUAUUCCGUAUGCCUGCAAGCUGCUCUUCCAGGAACUGCAGUCUAUGAACAUUAUCCCCAGGUUAAAACUGGCCAAAUACAAUGAGUGAGGAUGGGAAGGUGACUAUUGAAAGAGAACAAACCAUAUGUCCAACGCAGUGCAAAAUAGAAGGGACUGAGGACCAUGUCUGCUCCUGUGAAUAAUUCCUUUGAAUGUUCUCUCGGAAAAAAAGAAAAAAUCGAUGGAAAGGACUUUUUUUUUUUUAAGGUAUUAUAUGUGUACAUAUCUUACCAUUGCCCCCCCCACCCCACUCCCAUAUAUGCCCUCACCCCCCAGAGUUUUGCGUACAUUGGUUAUGCUUAUAUGCAUGCAUACAAGUCCUUUGGAAAGGACUUUUUAACACUAGAAGACUGACUGGACACCCCUUGAUCAGUGAGCCUCAGGCCAUGGAAGAGAUGCCAGCAAUGUGGACUAUAAUGCAUUUCCUCGUUCAUGUACUGAAUUUGAUUUGCAAAUGGACAUGACCUAAAAGAUAAAUAAACUUUUAUUUCUGUUCUGGUAUCUUGAAAUUUACUUGUUAGAAAAACCAUCCUCCUUAAAAAGAUUGUUGGGGUUAAAUAAAACUCAAAGGUUUGUAUGAAACUUGCAUAUAAAGAAUCUGUUUGAACCCGUCCGGUGUGGCUCAAUGGAUUAAGCAUUGUCCCAUGCACCAAGAGGUUGCUGGUUCAAUUCCCAGUCAGGGCACAUGCCUGGGUUGUGGGCUCAAUCCCCAGUGGAGGGCAUGCAGGAGGCAGCCAAUUGAUGUUUCUCCUCUCCCUCUCCCUU